AUGUCCAGAUCCGGGGACAGGACCUCCACCUUCGACCCCAGCCACAGCGACAACCUGCUGCACGGCCUCAACCUGCUGUGGAGGAAGCAGCUGUUUUGCGACGUGACCCUGACGGCCCAGGGCCAGCAGUUCCACUGCCACAAGGCCGUGCUGGCCUCCUGCUCGCAGUACUUCCGAUCGCUCUUCUCCAGCCACCCCCCUCUCGGGGGAGGGGUCGGCGGCCAGGACGGCCUGGGGGCCCCCAAGGACCAGCAGCAGCAGCCGCCGCAGCAGCAGCCGCCACAGCAGCAGCAGCCACCGCCGCAGGAGGAGCCCGGGACUCCUUCCUCCUCCCCCGACGACAAGCUGCUGACCAGUCCGCGGGCCAUCAACAACCUGGUGCUGCAGGGCUGCUCGUCCAUCGGGCUGCGCCUGGUGCUCGAGUACCUCUACACGGCCAACGUGACCCUCUCCCUGGACACGGUGGAGGAGGUGCUGUCGGUCAGCAAGAUCUUGCACAUCCCCCAGGUCACCAAGCUCUGCGUGCAGUUCCUCAACGACCAGAUCUCGGUACAGAACUACAAGCAGGUGUGCAAGAUCGCCGCGCUGCACGGCCUGGAGGAGACCAAGAAGCUGGCCAACAAGUACCUGGUGGAGGAUGUGCUGCUGCUCAACUUCGAGGAGAUGCGCGCCCUGCUGGACUCGCUGCCGCCCCCCGUGGAGUCGGAGCUGGCGCUCUUCCAGAUGUCCGUGCUGUGGCUGGAGCACGACCGCGAGACCCGCAUGCAGUACGCGCCCGACCUCAUGAAGCGCCUCCGUUUCGCGCUCAUCCCGGCCCCGGAGCUGGUGGAGCGGGUCCAGUCAGUGGAUUUCAUGCGCACCGACCCGGUCUGCCAGAAGCUGCUGCUGGACGCCAUGAACUACCACCUGAUGCCCUUCAGGCAGCACUGCAGGCAGAGCCUGGCCAGCAGAAUUCGCUCUAACAAGAAAAUGCUGUUAUUGGUCGGAGGCUUGCCUCCUGGGCCGGACAGGCUCCCCAGCAACUUGGUUCAGUACUACGAUGAUGAAAAGAAGACGUGGAAAAUACUCACAAUUAUGCCGUACAACAGUGCCCACCACUGCGUCGUGGAGGUAGAAAACUUCUUGUUUGUGCUGGGUGGAGAGGACCAGUGGAACCCCAAUGGAAAACACAGUACAAAUUUUGUCAGCCGAUAUGAUCCUCGAUUUAAUAGCUGGAUACAACUUCCACCCAUGCAAGAAAGAAGAGCCAGUUUCUAUGCAUGUCGAUUGGACAAACAUUUAUACGUUAUUGGUGGAAGGAACGAAACCGGCUAUUUGUCCAGCGUGGAGUGCUAUAACCUAGAAACAAAUGAAUGGCGUUAUGUGUCCUCUUUGCCACAGCCCCUGGCAGCUCAUGCAGGAGCAGUGCACAAUGGGAAAAUAUACAUUUCAGGGGGUGUACACAAUGGAGAAUAUGUCCCAUGGCUAUAUUGCUAUGACCCUGUAAUGGAUGUCUGGGCUCGAAAACAAGAUAUGAACACAAAACGCGCCAUCCACACUUUGGCUGUAAUGAAUGAUCGCUUGUAUGCAAUUGGAGGAAAUCAUUUGAAAGGUUUCUCCCACCUUGAUGUAAUGCUUGUGGAAUGCUAUGACCCAAAAGGUGACCAGUGGAAUAUUCUCCAAACUCCCAUUUUGGAGGGUCGAAGUGGUCCUGGUUGCGCAGCGCUUGAUGACAGCAUCUACCUUGUGGGAGGCUACAGCUGGAGUAUGGGGGCCUACAAGUCAUCUACGAUAUGCUAUUGUCCGGAAAAAGGCACCUGGACAGAACUGGAAGGAGAUGUAGCAGAACCACUGGCAGGCCCAGCCUGUGCAACAGUUAUCCUGCCUGCCUGUGUACCUUACAAUAAAUAACACCAGGAAACCCUGGAAUGAACAGUAUCACAUUCUAGGAGACAAUGACAGGUGACAUCACUAUUAUACUAUGAACAGUGCAUCCUAAUGGUACAACUGCUGAAACCCACCCUUGGUUUCUAAUGAUUUACAAGUUACUACACAAGAAAAAGACCUGUUCUUGAACAGAUAACUGUGUCUGUAAUCGGAUCACACCAAACUUCCUGUGGUGACAGACUCUUCCAUUUCAGACUGGUUUUAACUUGUCCCAGCUUUACAAAAACUCCUCACGUGGAUCUUAACUUUCGAAAGGAGAAAGAUAAAAUACAGAAGAGUGCCCCCAGAGAGACCUAAGAUCAGUAUUGUGCAUUGUAGUCUACCUGCAUGUGAUCUAUGUUGAAGUUUUGGGGAUAUUGUGUUAAUGAAUGAUUCAGAAUUUGACCCCGCUAAAAUACUUACUGCAUUACCGAAAUUGCCACUUGAUUCUAUAUUCCUAACCUGUGGCUACUUCACAGACUCCAUAGGCAACACAGUUCUAGAAAAUCAUAGAAGAUUAAAGAGGAACAUAUUUGUUUCUGUAUACCUUCAUUUCAUUUACCUUCUG